CAAACAAAUAUAUAAGAUGGCAAUGGUCCCAUCAUUGCUCAAAAUGGUCUCAAAAAAGAAGCUUCUUUGUUCGUUCCCAACAUACCCAAAUUCUAUCUCUCUCCAUAGUUUUAGUGAAAGUAAAAGUCUUGAUUGCCAUUUCAAUUCCAUGAUGAUGGAGUUCUAGUUUCUGUCGAUUUCCAACAAGGAGCUAGUUUUUGCUUUCUGGGUCUUUGGUUUUGGGUUUGUAUUGUGAAGAUAUGAAUAAUUCUGAUCAAGAGAAUCAAGAUCAGAGGACCCAGUCUAGCAUGGAGGAUUCCACGGCUAUAACUAUUGAAUUUCUUCGGGCACGGUUGCUAGCUGAAAGAUCUGUGUCAAGAACUGCAAGACAGAGAGCUGAUGAACUAGCAGAAAGAGUAGCAGAACUGGAGGAACAGCUAAGGAUCGUGUCUCUUCAAAGAAUGAAGGCUGAGAAAGCAACAGCAGACGUUCUUGCCAUCCUGGACAGCAAUGGGAUCAGUGACGAUUCUGAAAUCUUUGGUUCUAACUCUGAUCAGGAUACUCCUUGUGAAUCCAAAGUGGGCAAGAAGACUAAACAAGAAGAGAGCUCUGUCAUUUCAAAAGUGACAAAAUAUAAGUUGGAAGAACAUUCAGGUCCUGGCCAUGAUUUUUCCUCAUCACAAGGUAGAAACUUGUCUUGGAAAGGUCGCAAGCAUAGUCCACGUUCUCUUGAAAAGUGCAAGGAUCCAUCUCUGAGGAGACGGAGCAGUUUUGCAUCUACUAGUUCUUCCCCUAAACAUCACCAAGGCAAGUCGUGCCGCCAAGUAAGAAACAAAGAAUCAAGAUUGACAAUUGGAGCAUUUAGGACCAAUCCAGACAAGGUUGAUUCUCCAGAAAAUGGAGUUGCUACCACAUCAGAAGUUCUUCCAAAUUGCUCUGAACCUGAGGUGGGAGGAAUUGAAAAUGGAGAAGAGAAAACUUUACCCCCAAUAUCAGUUGGCUUAGAAAAUGGACAGCGUGCAGAUAGUAAUGAGCUGGAAGACAAUGUGUAUGGCAGUGAUAGAGACAUGGAAAAAGCACUUGAACAUCAAGCACAACUCAUUGACAGAUACAAAGCAAUGGAAAAGGUUCAAAGAGAAUGGGAAGAGAAAUUCAGAGAAAACAAUGGCAGUACACCAGAUUCAUAUGAUGCUGGAAACCGCUCAGAUGUCACUGAGGAAGGCUAUGAGAUCAAGGCACAAGUUCAAAAACACACUGGGACCGUAGCUGCCCAAUCCAACAGGGCAAAGUCAGAAGUUGAAAAGGCAUCUAACAUUCAAUCUGAUGGCAUUCUACCACCUUCACAUGUUAAUAUUGGGCAGUUACAGAAAUGGAAGAGCAGUAGUGCACCUACUUCUGAAUCCCCAGCUCAAGAUUUUGCAUUCCAGGCAGAGAAGCGAAAGCAAAAUGAAAAUGAAGAGAGUCUUGGGAACAAUUACCAUCCAUCUCCACACAGCUCCCAUGACCAUCCACAGUCACACAGUUCACAUGAUUCCCCUGGGAGCCAAUCUGCAACCAGCUUUCCAUCUAAUACAGACAGUGGUUUCAGCAAAGGGCAAUUUUCUGGGAGGCAAAAUGAACUCUAUGCAUUGGUGCCACAUAGAGCAUCGAAUGAAUUGGGUGGUGUGCUGGAUGCCCUUAAACUAGCAAGGCAAUCGUUGCAACAGAAAAUCAGCACAUUACCAUUAAUAGAAGGUGGAUCUAUUAGAAACCCUGUUGAUCCUUCUCUUUCCCCUCCAAUACCAGCCGAUAAAGUAGAUAUUCCCCUUGGAAAUGCUGGACUUUUCAGACUUCCAUUUGAUUCUUUGGUUGAAGGCAGCACUCGAAAAAACCUCGCUAUUCCUAAUGCUGGAUUAAGUUUGAGAAACUAUUAUCCUGAUACAGGAGUUCCAGCAGCUGCCAGCAAUCGAUUUGUCAGCAGAUUUCCUACAGUAACUGGAUCGAGAUUUCCUUCAGCGGAUCAAUUUCUGGCCAGUCAAUCUUACUCGGCAACUGGAUCGAGAUUUCCUGCAGAGGAUCAAUUUCUGGCUAGUCAAGAUGUCGAGGCUGGAUCAAGAAUCUCUAGUCAGGGGCCUUUUUUUAAUCCUUAUUUGGAUACAGUUUCACCUCCUUCAGCCAGAUAUAGUUAUCCCACAAAUCCCUCUUAUCCCGGCCCGAUGCCUCAACUGCCCUCAAGGGAACCCCCUUCCUUCCUUCCCAGUACGACUACUGGUGUCCCUCCUGCAGAUCAUUUCUCAUUCCCUGAUUAUCAUAUUAGACCAAACAUGUAUAGAUAAUAGCUUGCUAUUAAACAUUCUACUAGGUUUUCGAUGAUUAGCUUUACCAACAAUGUUUCAGGAACAGCGAUUUUGUAGCAUAAUAGUUAAAAUCUUGGUCCUUAAAGGGCAAAUUUGUAUUACCGCUGUAUGAUUCAGUGUAUCAUUUGUUGUGAGAUGGAAUUUUGUAAAAGAGAUUCAACCUGCUUCAAUUUUUACUCUUGUUUCCCCCUGCA